GUCAUUCCCACAGGCCGUUACAAUACAGUAACCAAAGCUGUCCAUCAGCCCCGCUUAAAACAGCCCCCCUUUAAACUCAGUGUCCUGCUAGGGUGCCCCACCUGCCUGGUCCAGGGGUCACGAGAGCUUACACAUCUCGCUUCUGCCUCCGCGUGCUUUAGGCUGACGGCUUUCGUGGUGAAGGUUUUGUCCCUGAGUCAGAAAUACCAGGCGGUGGAUAGUGCCGGGAUCCGGGGGUCGGUGCAGUGGCUUCUGGGGAAGCAAGAGAGUGAUGGCUCUUUCGUCGACUCCAACCCCGUCUAUCACCGGGAUAUGCAGGGCGGUGUUGGUGGCCUGCGUGGGGGCCCCGCAUUGACAGCCUUUGUCACCAUCGCGCUGAAGGAGGCUUUGCCUUUGUAUGAAGCCGAGGAAGAUGACGAAGAGGCAGAAAGGCAGAAGCAGGAGCAACUGAGCAAUCUGAGAAACAGCUUGGAUCGUGCGACAACGUAUCUUGCCAGGGCCCUGAACGAUCAGUCUCUGGGGCCGUACCCUGUGGCCAUCAGCAGCUACGCCCUGGCGCUGGCUUCAGAGGACCAGUCGGCCAUUUCUGUUGCUGGCAGCCGCCUAAAGGAGCUUUCCAUGGAAGAUAACAGUAUUCUCUCUCUCUCUUCAUCGUCAUGAAAUGUUGUUUAAAAAUGUCUGUUCAGGGUAUUUUUCCUUUUUUUAAACGGCACGGCUUUAACCAUGCCCCAGGAAAGGGACGAUCUGCUGUCCCAGGAAAAUGAGAGUCGGGUGGGUUGUGUUAGGGUGUCAUGAGCAAAGCAUCUUGGGAGCCCCCCCGUGGAGCUCAGCCCUCCUUCCGACCUUGGUCCUCUCAGUUUCCCCCUCCUGGUGCGAGAUUCCUUUCUUCCUCCUUUCUCUCUGCAUCUCUCUUUUUCUCUCCCACCCCGCUCAGCCCAACCAACCCCUUUGCCCCGGCUGUGGCACUUCUGCCCAUUCAAUCCCCACCCACCCCAAACCCAAAGCACUGAAUUUGGGGCCUCUCCAGACCCAAGGGCUCAGCGGGUGGCCCUAACAGCUGAGCCCCAAUUAAGAGAUGCAUUCAUUUAUUUAAGAUCAAUAUCUCACCUUUACUUUGUAGAACUCAAAGUCAUGUAGGUAAUGCGCCCAUCUCCUAUUUUUCCCCCUGUCAGGUGGGCUGGUCUGAGAGAGGGACUGGCCCAAAGUCACCCAGCCGACUUUCAUGACAAAAGAAGGACGAGAACUCAGGGUCACCUGCUUUCUAGGCCAGCACCUUCACCACUGCUCCAGACUGGCUCUCCCUUUUCCUUACAUGCAUUUCACGGUAGCCCAAUGAACCCUUACAAACUGCAAAAGCCAGAUGGACGGGGGGAUUUGGAGCACAGAGUGGGCUUCUAGAGUGGGACAAAGUGUGCUUAUGCCUCUUCCUUCCUCUCUCUGUCUCCAUUUUCCAUAGUCCCCCCAAUGCCCCUUUGAGAACCGCCAAUGUUUAGGAGGCACCUGCUUCUCUGCAGGCUGGGAAGGGGGGGUCAAUUGGCAGAAUAGGGGAAGCUGUGAGCUGGAACCUGCUCCAGACCCUCGAACUGUUGCCAGAUCCCAGUGCCCCCCAGAUUCAGCCAGCAUGGUCAAGAGUCAGGGAUGAUGGGAGAUAUAACCCUCCCAUGUUUAUUGGUGCCAUAAGAAUUAAUCUCCCCAAUUUCUGCAGGGACCAUGAGGCAGAUCGGACACCCCAGUAUGACUGGUUAUGUGCCACCAUUCAGUGUUGACUAUUGACAAUCACAUAGACCAGUGUUGUCCAAACUUGGCCACCUUAAGAUGAGUGGACUU